CAAGUCUGUUAUGACAAUAAUGUUGGGGUCAGUGUUGGCACCGAUUUGCCAGACAUACGAGUGCUGUCUCAUAGGGCUUAUAGUGGCGGCGAUCGCGUACUACUUCUUUUCGUGGAGGAAUUCCUUCAACUAUUGGAGGGGUCGACACAUUUGUGGUCCAAAACCCUUCCCUAUAUUCGGAAACCUUUUGAGUUUAUCCCUAAACCCUCGACCAUUAGUGGAGUUGGAAUGGUAUAAGAAAUACGGCAAAAUUUAUGGAACAUACAUAUCAGGGAAGCCCAGGCUAACAGUGGCCGUCCCGGAGCUCAUCAAACAAAUUCUGGUCAAAGAUUUCCAUACAUUUCGUAACCGAUCCACGGAAAAGGGCGCCUCCAGUCAGAGGUCCAGGGAUGAAAACUGGCGACGAGUGCGGGCUAUAGUCAGCCCUACCUUCACGUCCGGAAAGAUGAGGCGAAUGUAUCCUCUGAUCAGCCGGUGCUGCGAAGACUUCCUCAAUAGUGUGGACAGGGAUGUGACGAAUGGUAUGAUUGAAGUCGAGUUGAAGCGACUGAUGGGCGCCUACACUAUGGAUGUGAUCGUCAGCUGCGCCGUUGCCACGAAAACCAAUACAUACGCCGACCCUAACAACCCGUUCACUACCAGAGCGUUCACUUUUGUCAACCAUCCCGUGUGGAAAGGCGUGUUAGCAAUGUUAUUGCCUUCAGUGAUCGUAAACACUAAUAUAUACCGACGUAUUGUAAGCCACGGAAGUAAUGAGCGAAAGUUUUUCAACAACUUUACGCGAAGUUUAAUACAGAAACGAAAGGAAAACAAUGAAAAACAUAACGAUUUUCUGCAGCUAUUAAUGGACGCCGAGAUACCCGAUGGAGACGUACGAGAGGCCAGUGAUGCCAAUGAAGCGCAUCAUGUGAAUGAGGGCAGGGAUGAGAUGGCGGCCAAUGUCGAGGCUUUCAAAGGGGUGUUGGAGAAGAAGUUGACUGAAGACGAGAUAUUAGCGCAAUGUUUCCUCUUUUUCACCACCGGUUACGAGACAACUGCCACUACUCUGUCGAUCUGUACGUAUGAGUUGGCACUCAAUCCGGGACUUCAGGACAGACUCUAUGGGGAGACGAAAGAGGCGUUCAAUGAAAAGGGAGAAAUGGAUUACGAUGUGCUGUCGAGACUACCAUUCCUGGACGCACUCCUAUCGGAAACUCUUCGCCACUAUCCGCUGGGACUUCGACUCGAGAGGGAAGCCAUGGAAGACGUAAUGUUAGGCGACACUGGAGUGAUGAUCGAGAAGGGAGUGAUCGUUGAGAUCCCGGUGUAUGCCAUGCAUCACGACCCCGACCAUUACGCGGAUCCAUUUACCUUCAACCCGGAUAGGUUUAUGCCCUCAAACCGGGGUCAUAUCAAACCCUAUACAUACCUGCCGUUCGGAUCGGGUCCACGACAUUGUAUUGCAAUGCGAUUCGCGUUAUUGGAGGUAAAGGUAGCCUUAGCUAAGAUGUCGCAGAGGUUUCGCUUCUCCAGAGUCACCGCCACUGACGUCCCCAUAGUCUUCAGGAAGGGACAGAUCAUAUUGAAGCCAAAACCUCUUGUGGUGGGCCUUCAGAGGCGUUCAAAAUAAUUUUGUGUCACAUUUUAUAGACAAUUAGUGGAUCAUUGUAUGCCAUAAA